AUGGUGAACAGUGACCCCUUGCAGGCAGACUUUGAGGAGCAGGCCGUGGAGGCUGCCACGUGCAGGUGGCUGUGGCACAGAGCCCACGCAGAGAUGUCUGAAGUCAGACCUGGCUCCAGGGACCUCCAGGAAGAACAGGUGCCAGAACUGUCCUCGACAGAAAUUCCCGGCCUGACCCGCCCCACGGAGGACGGGGACGCCACGGUGGACCUGGACCUCAUGGAGUGCCUGGAGCACAGUAACCGAGUGGCCCUGAGGCUGGCCCGCAUCGGGGAUGAGAUGGAUGUGCGUGUGCGGGGCCCCCGGCUGGCCCAGCUGCCCGGGAUGGCCAUGCACAGCCUGGCCCUCACCUACAGCCGGAGGGGCGUCAGGGGUGUGGCCGCAAGCCUGGCACUCCGUCUCGCCAGCCUCCUGAGGUUCCGGAGUCGCCGUGGGGCUCCCAGUCCCUGGGCGUCCCUGGAGCCGAUGCCCCUGCUGCUGCUGUUGCUGGGUGGGGGGCUGCUGCUGCUCUUGCAGUGAGCCUCCCGGAGGGGCAGGGCUGGCCCCUGUCCUACGCCAAGUGGGGGGCCACGCGGGGCCCUUGGCUGCCUUGUUGUCUUUUUAACUGUUGCCUGAUGACACGAUUUUGUAUUUAAACUCCAGACAGUGCUGGGUCACUGCCGAGCUUUCCUUCUCCAGUUUUUUUUUCGGUUUUUUAAGAGAAAAUGAACUCCUUAUACUUUGGGUGCGUUACUGGCUAACCACCCACUGUCUUGGCACCCCUGGCCUGCUCGGGAGCGGUCUGCGGCAGGGGGGAGUGCUGGCCACACCCCCGUCUGUGCCUUUUGGGACAGAGAAUCUACUGGACUAGAUCUCUACGGGGCUGGGAGGGCUUAAUAAAACAUUGGUUUCCA